AUGGAACAGCUCUGCAUCCUGCUGCUCAUGGCCAUAAGAAUAGGUUCAGUGGACACGCAGUUCAAUGGCUACAAUUGUGAUGCUAAUCUGCACAGCAGGUUCCCUGGUGAAAAGGAUAUCCUUGUCUUUUGUGGAGUGCAGACCGUCACAAUCAAGAUUAAUUUUUGUCCAGUCCUGUUCUCUGGCUAUUCAGAAACAGAUUUAGCAUUAAAUGGAAGACAUGGCCACACACAUUGCAGGGGUUUUAUUAAUAACAGUACUUUUCCAACAGUUGUCGUUUUUACCAUCAGCCUCAGUACAUUAGAAGUCUGUGGAAAUAACUUAGUGGUAUCUGCUUCUCAAGGAGUUAAUGCUUUGGGCAAUAUUUCGAUGGUGCAAUUUGGGAACAUUUCAGGUUAUAUUGACACUCCCGACCCACCAACCAUCAUUAGUUACCUGCCGGGGCUGCUGUACAAGUACAGCUGUAGCUAUCCACUGGAGUAUCUUAUCAACAACACCCAGCUGGCUUCAUCAUCUGCAGCAAUAUCAGUGAAAGACAGCAAUGGCACAUUUAUCAGUACUUUGAGCUUACUCCUGUACAAUGAUUCAUCCUACAACCUUCCUCUAAUGAUACCAACUUUGGGGUUGCCUUUAAAGACCAAGGUGUACGCAGCUGUGAAAGCUACAAAUCUGGAUGGAAGAUGGCACGUGUUCAUGGAUUAUUGUUACACCACUCCUUCUGGUAAUCCAAAUGAUGAACAUAGAUAUGACCUUUUCUUCAGCUGUAAUAAGGAUUCACAAACAACAGUUAUAGAAAAUGGCAGAAGUCAAAUGGGCAGAUUCUCAUUUGAGGUUUUUCGCUUUGUAAAACAUAAGAACCAGAGGAUGUCUCCAGUAUUCUUGCACUGUGUGACGAAGCUUUGCAAGUCAGACGAUUGCCCAUUCUUGACACCAGAUUGUUACAAAAGGAAACGGAGAGAUUUAAUGGAAGUUACUACUUCCAUCCCUCGCAGCUCCACGGGUAAUGCAGUUAUCACCGCCGGGCCUAUUAUCACCAGGAGUGAAAGUGAUGACACAACAGCAAACAAAUCACAAGUUGGAUACAUGGGAAAAUCUGCCUUUCAUUUCAACUCUGCGACAAGUGCAUUAGUUUCUGGAAUUGUUAUUCUCGGGGCGAUGAGCAUUUCCUUUUUUAUCACGUCAGUCAUUCUCAAUAGGAAGCUGAAAACUGAUCAUGCUCGUUCUGGAAUCCGAAACCCUGUUUUUAACUAGCUAGCUCGGAACACGUCUACUUUAUCUACAUAAUGCAGCUGAUAUUAUACGGCAAUAAAUUAUGAGAUUUCCUUUACGAAUCUAGCUUAGGCUUAUGAUCCUUAUCACAAAAAUUAGCUCCCUAGAAGUCUACUAGAACUAUUUGUAAUUGUAUUUACAUUUCUUACCAUAGUACAGUAGCAGAUAAGAAAAUGAUUCCCCAAAAAUAUUAAGUUAUAUUUUGAAGGAAGUGUCUUAUUUCUUUGGUAAGAUCUGGAUUGGGAAAGGAUGAAAAGAGCAUGUAGAUCUGACUGCCUCACAACUCCAGCGACCCAGGUUUGUUCCUUAUCUGACACUUGGUGCUGUCUCUGUGGAGUUUGCACGUUCUCCGCAUGAUGGCCUGGGUUUUCACUGGGUGCUCUGGUUUCCUUCCACAUCCCAAAGAUUAGUAAGUUAAUUGGCGACUGUUAAUUACUACUGGGUUAGGUGGGUGGUAGGAGAAUCAGAAUGGAGUUGAUGGGUUUACGAGGGAAAUAGGUUACAGGGAAAUCCGUAGAGGGGUGAGACUGAAUGCAUAUAUGGGCAUAGAUUAUUUGCCAGCACAUUGGGAAUAGGGAAUCUGAGCGUUAGCUUAGACUCAGUCCCUCUUCGGCCAUUAUGAAAUGUGAAAUGAUGGUAGUAUUGGCUUGAUGUAAGACUUGUAAAUGAAUACUAAUACACAGGUGGAAGGGAAAGUGGAAAUAGAGAGUCCAUCACAAACUUAUUAUAUGUAAAGACUCUUGUGACUAAACUCAUCAAGCAGAGGAAUGCCAGUACAGGAUUACUGAAUAAUUUUCCUAUCAGGGACCUUGUUUCGGUAUCAUGCAUUUCCAGGUCUUAAAAACAUUUCUCUCUGCAUCAGUGCAACUAUCCUUCACCCACAACAGAGGCUCUUUUUGAGUGAAUUAGUUAUUCUCAAGCUAGACUGAGGGGCAGUUUGAGCUUUGAGCCAUGUCCACGCCAUUUCUACCAAACACCAUAUCUCUGCAGAUUGUUUUUUCUGUCAUUUUAUCUGUGUAUUUUGUACCACAUUAAAAUGGCCUGGGCCAUUUUUAUUGCAUGCGUUUGUUUUAAGAAUAGUUUCUUGUUUUGACUGAAAGAAUAAUGAGGCCAGUCUAACUCACUUCUUUGAAAAUAUUAAAACACCCACACCUCCAGUAAGUUCAGCCCAUUGAGAAAGUUCAUUCACAAUCAUUGCUACAAAAUGAGAAUGCUGAAGAUGAUGCUUGGUUCAUCCUUCGAGGCAUUGUGGAGAAUAUAAACAGGUUUUCCCAAGAGCAACAGACAAUGUCAUUGCAGUUCACAGGUUGCUGGAGUUGUAUACCACAUUGCACGAGAUAUGCAUAAAGUGUAGAAUUGCCGCGAGAUGGGCUGCUCAAUUCUGGCUUCCCAUUGUAAAAAUAACUAUCUGUACCAUUAACUCAUAACCAUCCAUGUAUUUCUUAACAGCAGUCAAUGAGUUUGAACACAUCAUUCUCUUGAUUUUCAAUACCUCAGUAACAAUGUGCACUGCAGGGCUGUACUCUAUGAUGAUAUUGUCAUUC